UGGUUUCAGAGCGAGGCUGGGGGGGGCGGAGCCGCCACCGCAGAGCUGUUGCUGAGGCUGCAAGAUGGCGGAGGGUCUGACAGCCCAGGAGGAGCUGGCUGUGGAAGAGUUUUUCAAGGAACUGAAAAACAGAGAGCAACCCAAUGUUGUCUUGGUAUCCCAUAACACUGCUGUGAAGUUUUUGAUGGCAAGAAAGUUUGAUGUCUCUCGAGCCAUUGAUUUAUUUCAGGCCUAUAAAAACACAAGAUUAAAAGAAGGAAUUUACAACAUCAACCCUGAUGAGGAGCCGCUUCGAUCCGAGCUCCUGAGUGGGAAAUUUACAGUCCUAACAGCAGCUCCAGGUUCCAGGCUCAGCCACUCCACCCCAGGGUGUCUCCCAGCAACUUGUCAGCCUGGGAGAGAUGCAAAAGGAGCAGCACUUGCCUUGUUCACUGCCCGUCUCCACAGACCAGACAUCACUACACACAAAGCUGUGCUGCAGGCCAUUAUCUACCAGCUGGACAGAGCUAUUGAAAGUAUACAGACACAGCGAGCGGGUCUGAUAUUCAUCUAUGACAUGACCCAUUCAACAUAUGGAAACUUUGAUUACGAGCUGUGCGUGAAAAUUUUGAAUCUUCUGAAGGGUGCAUUUCCAGCCCGGCUCAAGUGUGUGUUCAUCGUCUCCUCUCCGCUGUGGUUCCGCGCACCCUUCGCCGUUCUCAGGCUGUUUGUGAGGGAGAAGCUACGAGAGAGGGUAUGCACUGUGAAGGCCCAUGAGCUGGCCAGCCACAUCCCCAUGGAAUCACUGCCAGAGCAUCUAGGAGGCUCUUCCCAAUACAGCCACGUCGCCUGGAUCCAAGCUUGUGUGAACUCCAGCCAGAGCCAGCAGAAGGGGGACUGCAUGGGCAAUCUCCUCCACUCCUUCUCCUUGGAGCAGACGCCCAACAACAGCGACGGACUGAACUCCAACUGCGCGCCGCACGCCCUGACCGACAACACCGCGCACCUGCACAAUCACUACCACGAGAAUCGGACUAGCAACUUCCAGGCGGCCCCCAGCGCCCAGGGCAACUGCCAGCACUGGAACGGCUCGGCGCUGUGCGCGAACGUCCAGGGGGGCGACGGCAGGGACCGCGCGGCCAACGCCAACGGGCGGAGGCCCCCCCCGCAGUCGGAGACGCCCCCGGACACGCCCUUGCACAAGCACGCCGCCGAGGAGGCGCACGUUCCCCCCCUGCCGCAGAAGUCGCGGCCUCUGCCCACCGCGGCCGAGCUGUCUAUCCACGUGCCGGAAGGAGGAGGGAUGUCCGUCCAGGAGCUAGUGCUGCAUGUCAAAAGGAAAAAAAAGAAGGGCAUCUAUCAGGAGUACGAGGAGAUCAGGAAAGAGCCCCCGUCCGGCACCUUCGACUACUCAAAGAAGCCUUAUAAUCAAAUUAGAAAUCGGUACAGCGAUGUCUUGUGUCUGGAUCAUUCCAGAGUAAAACUAAGCCCUGUGAAUGACGAAGAUGAGACGUCUGAUUACAUCAAUGCGAGCUUCAUGGAUGGAUAUAAGCGGAAAAGUGCCUAUAUAGCAACACAGGGGCCUUUGCCAAAAACAUUUGGCGAUUUCUGGCGCAUGGUAUGGGAACAGAGGGUAUUAAUUAUUGUAAUGACAACAAGAGUUGUGGAAAGGGGUAGAGUAAAAUGUGGACAAUACUGGCCUCUUGAGCCUGGCAAAAUGGAGGAGUAUGGGCAAUUCCUAAUAAAAAAUGUUCACAUAAAGAUGUUUCAAGACUUCAAGCUUUCCCAUUUAGAGGUUUACAACAUGGAGACAAAGGAGAGCAGGGAUAUCGCACAUUAUCUGUACAUGAGCUGGCCUGACUUUGGGGUUCCCAAGUCAGCCUCGGCCAUGCUGGAUUUCCGGGCUCAGGUGAAGCAGCACCAGGAGGCUGCGGUCCAGGCCCUGGGCUCUGAGUGGACCGGGCCAGCGGGAGGCCCACCGGUGGUGGUCCACUGCAGCGCGGGAAUUGGAAGAACAGGUACGUUUUGCACUCUUGACAUCUGCCUCUCGAGGCUGGAGGAUAUCGGUACGGUGGAUGUGAACCAGACGGUGAGGCGAAUGCGGACUCAGCGGGCCUUCAGCAUCCAGACCUGGGACCAGUAUUAUUUCUGUUACAUGGCCGUCAUCGAGUACGCCCAGCGCCGGGGGCUGCUGGCCCCAGUGGAGUGGUCGGACUCCGAUCUGGAGACGGACAGCGAGUGAGUCCACCCCCCCAACCCCCCCCCGCCCACCACACCACCACCCGGAGAGAGUCGGCGUUUCUCCGGCAGGUUCCGCGCGGGGGGUUUUCCCAGGAGGAACGCUGUCGGGGCAGCGCGUCUUACGAGUCUGUAGCAUUAUUGACUUGCACAACCCACGGAAUGGCAAACUUGAAAUGAUUCGUGUUCGUUUGUUUCCCCCCUCCUCCUCUUCCCCUUUGCGGUUUCGUUUUGCACUUGUGCUUGAGAUGUGUACACGGGGAAAAAAAAAAAGAAAAAAAACUUGAACGUUUAAAAAAAAAAAA